GCCGGGGCUUGCGAUGAACUUUCGCUUUCUUUCCAGUCCGCAACCAGACGGAUAAAAGACCCCCCCCCAAAGCCAGCAGACGCUCCCUGAAGAUCCCCCCCGCCACACACACACUUUCUCUCCACGCGAUUCCUACCCAUGGCUCUCCAAACACCCUACUACAAACCGUCUCUCCCAUUUACCGGUCCGAUUUAUGGCGGCCUCCGGGAUGGGCAGACGAUCUUGGUCACUGGAAGUAUCCUGCCCUCUUGUAAAAGAUUCCAGGUCGACCUUCAGUGUGGCUCUUGCCAGUCACCCCGCUCCGACAUCGCUUUCCAUUUCAAUCCUCGAUUCGAUGAGAACUGCGUGGUGUGGAAUUUCCUUGAAAGGGGAAAUUGGCAGCAGGAGGACAGGAAACGUGACUUGCCAUUCCGCAAAGGCCAUGCUUUCGAAAUCCGCUUCCUUGUGAACAGCAGCUCCUACAUGGUUUCUGUGGACGGCAAGCAUUACUUGGAGUUCAAGCACAGGAUCCCCCUUUCCAGAGUGGACACCAUCGGCGUCUCGGGGGGGCUGGAUGUAGCUGCCAUUAGCUUCCAAGGCCCUGCGGUUCCAGAUGUCUGGUCUGCUAGAACCAUACAAAUGGCCUAUUCGGGCUUUCCAACCAAUCCUGGUUUCCCAACUGGACCAGCUUUCCCAACUGGACCAGCUUUCCCAACUGGACCAGCCUUCCCAACUGGACCAGCCUUCCCAACUGGACCAACCUAUCUGGCUGUGCCUUAUCGGGCUCCGAUCUAUGGAGGCCUUUCCCCCUCCAGAUCUGUUAAGAUAUCAGGAAAUUCGCCUCCAAACGCCAUCAGGUUCCAUAUCAAUCUGAAAGCGGGCCAAAACGUCUUUUUCCACCUGAACCCACGAUUCGACGAAAAGGUGAUGGUUCGAAACUCUAAGUUCAACGAGAAGUGGGGCUCAGAGGAGCGCCAGCUUCCCGCAGGGAUGCCUUUGUCCCGUGGCCAGGCCUUCACGAUCUGGAUUCUGUGUGAAAUGCACUGCUUCCGGGUGGCUGUGAACGGACAACAUCAGUUUGAUUACAAUCACCGCGCACCUAACCUGCAGCAGAUAGAUCAGCUCGAAGUGGAGGGGGAUGUUACACUGACCGAUGUCCAGGUUUAGGCCGGCAAGCCUUUCUCGAAACAGUCUUGCCUGUAGAUUUGAAACUUGUGCAAACUGCUGUGUGCCCUUUUCCAAGGAGCCCUUCCUAAUUUGUAAAACUGUAAAAUAGCCCACCUAUUUCGUGCAAAAUUUCGGGAUUCCACGUCUUACAGCAUUAAUAAGUAAUAAGGCCUUUAGGAGCUGUUUUGAAUUGCUUCCACGGGAGGCUGUUUGCUUAAAGGAACCAGACAUCAUUUCAGUGUUAAAGCGGAAACAUGCACUUCUGUCCUUGUGGUCAGUUUCUAGACAGUAGUAGGGCGGCGG